AUGUCGGAUGAGUCUGUCUCUCAUGCAUUAUUUUACUGCCGGAGCAUUAGAAGAGUCUGGAAAGGUACGCCUUCUUAUCAUUACAUUUUUACUCAUUCUUCUGAGAUUUUGUUCCACGACAUUGCUGAUAUGAUAUAUACAUCUCUAACCAAAAAAGAUGUCGAGUUGUUUCUUUGUACUGCUUGGUUUGUUUGGUUCAACAGGAACAAAGCCCUUAAAGGUCAAGCACCCGACCCUGAUCAUGCAAUCCUCAACUUGGGUCAAAGCUUACUGGAAGACUACCAUUCCUCUCAGCAGACUAUUGUGCCUUCCUCCCGCCCUGGUCAGAAUUUGGUUCAACCGUCUUGGUCCCCCCCAACUGCAGGUCUUCUCAAGCUAAAUGUGGAUGCAGCAGUUUCCAAGGUCAACCGGAAAUCGGGUUUCGGAGGUAUCAUUAGAAACAGCGAAGGUUUGGUGGUAGCUGCCCUGGCCCAGCCUCACUUCGGAGGAGGAUCGGUCCCUACCCUGGAAGCAAAAUCCCUCCUCUCUAUGCUUCAUUGGUGCCUUACAGAGCAUUUUUUUGUCCAUGAGGUGGAAACGGAUUGCAAAGCCAUCACUGAUGCUCUCUCUCGCCAUAAAGAAGACAUUUCGGUGUUUGGUGACCUUAUUCGUCAAAUCAAGAAUACUUUGUCUCAGUUCCCUGCUGCUCGGCUGUCUCACGUCCGUCGCGAGGCUAACACCCUGGCUGAUAAACUUGCGCAUCGAGCUCUAGGGUUAGAUGAAGUAGCCAUUUGGAUUGGAGAUGACCCCUGUAAUCUUAUUGAACUUCUUUCUUUCUAG